CUCCUAGAAAAGCAAAAGCCCGAGCCAACCCACAGCGACACCAAUUUGAGUGCCGGAACUCCGAGAUGGCCGAAGGAGGGUCGCCGGGAAUUCUUCCCGCCGGUUGGACCGAGCAAAUCGAGAUCAAGGACGGCGAUGAAAUCAGGGAUCGGAGGAUCGGACGGAUGAUUGGCACGGGGCUUGAGUCUCACGGUCUCUACUAUCUGUCUCUCUCUGUUUCUUUAGUGGUGUGCACGGCGACAACUUCCCCACUACAAGUCCAUUGUCGGCUGGGGCACCCAUCUCUUCCCAAUCUCAAGAAGAUGGUUCCCAGUCUCUCUAGUAUUUCUUCCUUAGAGUGUGAGUCUUGUCAACUUGGGAAACAUAGUCGUAGUUUUUUCCCAAGUAGAGUCAAUAAACGUGCUAGUUCUCUUUUUUCAGUAGUCCAUUCGGAUGUAUGGGGUCCCAGUCGUGUCAGUUCACAAGAUGGUUUUUGUUAUUUUGUAACAUUUAUUGAUGAUUUCUCUCGGACUACAUGGUUAUAUCUAAUGAAAACGCGUUUAGAGUUAUUUUUAGUCUUCACUACAUUUUGUGCUGAAAUUAGAACACAGUUUAAUUUGCCUAUCCGUGUUCUUCGUAGUGGUAAUGCUCUUGAAUAUUUGUCUCUCCCAUUUAAGUCUUAUGUGGCAUCCAAUGGGAUUCUUCACUAGACUGUGUCCUGGAACCCCACAAUAAAAUAGGGUAGCUGAACGCAAGAAUCGUCAUUUAAUUGAGACAGCCCGCAUGUUUCUUCUUCAUAUGCAUGUUUCGCUUCAAUACUGGAGUGAUGCUGUCUUAACUGCAUGUUACUUAAUUAACCGCAUGCCAUAAUCUGUCCUUAAUGACCAGAUUCCUCUUUCCAUUCUUUUUCCUCGGGUUGACUUAUAUUCUCUUCCUCCUCGUAUCUUUGGGAGUACAUGCUUUGUUCACCAUCUUGCCCCAAGUCAUGAUAAGUUAUCUGCUCGUUCCGUCAAAUGUAUUUUUCUGGGUUAUUCCCGUCUUCAGAAGGGGUAUCGUUGCUACUCUCCUCAAUUAACUCGAUAUUUUGUUUUAGCGAAUGUUACCUUCUUUGAGUCAUCUUCUUAUUUCCCUUCUUCGUUUGCGAUCUCCGAUUUUGUGUCUGCUGGGUUACCUUUGCCUAUCCCUUUUCUUGACCUUACAUCAUUUCCAUCUCCAACGUCUUCACCGUCUCCACCAUCCUUUGCCUCUCGCCUUGAUCGCCCCGAUCUUCAGGUCUAUCAACAGCGUCCACAACUAGUGGCCCAACCAGCACUGACUGUCGUCGCUAGUCAGCGAGAGUCGUCUUCUGACUCAUCCUCUGUGCUGAUUCGUUCUUCCUCCUCUAGUCUGUCACCUUUGACUUUUGAUCUUGACUUCCUAUUGCUCUUCGUAAAGGUACUGGCCAUCCUAUUUCCCAUUUUGUUAGCUAUGAUUCUUUGUCCCUUGGAUAUUCUGCUUUUGUUUCUUCUUUAUCUUCUGUUUCUCCUCCUAAAUCUGUUCCCGAAGCUCUUUCCCAUCUAGGGUGACGGGCUGCUAUGGUCGAAGAAAUGUCUACUUUACAUUCCACUGGGACUUGGGACUUGGUACCUCUUCCCAAGGGUAAGUCUAUUGUUGGUUGUCGAUGAGUUUACACUGUUAAAGUUGGCCCUGAUGGCCGGAUUGAUCGUCUUAAGGCUCGCCUUGUUGCCAAAGGAUACACUCAAGUUUUUGGUCUUGAUUAUGGCGAUACAUUUUCUCCUGUUGCUAAUAUCUCCUCUGUUCGCCUUUUCCUGUCCCUUGUUGCUACGUUUCACUGGCCUCUUCAUCAACUGGACAUAAAAAAUGCCUUUCUCUAUGGCGAUUUACAGGAGAAGGUGUAUAUGGAGCGACCUCUUGGCUUUGUUGCUUAGGGGGAGUCUGGGUUGGUGUGUCGCUUUCGAAAAUCUUUAUACGGUUUAAAACAGUCUCCUCAAGCUUGGUUUGAUCGAUUUAGUUCAGCUGUUCUUAAGUUUGGGUUAACUCGGAGUGAAGCUGAUCAUUUUAUUUUUUAUCGUUCCCAAUCUGACUGCCACAUUCUUCUAGUGGUGUAUGUUGAUGAUAUAAUACUUACAGGGGAUGAUGAUGUUGGUAUCACUGAAUUGAAGACACAUCUUCACCAACAGUUUCAGACUAAAGAUUUGGGUCCUUUGAGAUAUUUUUUUGGUAUUGAGGUAGCUCGGUCAAAGCAGGGCAUCUAUAUUUCUUAGAGAAAAUAUGCUAGAGGAGACAUGAUUGCUUGGAUGUAAGCCUACAGAUACCCCUAUGGAUCCAAAUAUUAGGCUGUUACUAAGAUAGGGGGAGCCUUUUUUUGAUCCUGGACACUACCAUCGACUAGUUAGGAAACUUAAUUACCUCACAGUCACUCGUCAUAAUAUUUCAUUUGCUGUGAGUGUGGUAAGUCAGUUCUUGGAUUCACUUUGUGACAGUCACUGAGAUGCAGUGAUCCGUAUUCUUCGAUAUAUUAGGGCUACCCCUGGUCAGGGUGUAUUGUAUCAAAAUCAUGGGUAUAGUCAGAUUAUGCGAUAUACAUAGUUAUCAAAGGCGCGCCUAGGCGCGAGGCGCCUUAAGGCGCCAGUUUGGCGCCUCGCCUUGGCCAAGGCGAGGCGGUUUUGGCGAGGCCCUCGUCUUGCGCGCCUAGGCGCUGGGGCGUGAGGCGCGCCUAGGCGUGCCUCAUGAAACUGAGGUUUUCUACUUAAAUCUUGCAGCCCAAUCGCGCUUGCCUCUCCUCCCGACUGCAUCCAGCCGCGCUUGCCUCUCCUCUCCAGCUCGCUGCUCGCUCCUCACUCCUCCCGACUAUAGCAUCUACCGUGCUUGCCUCUCCUCCCAACUCGCUGCUCGCUGGCCCUCGCUGCUCGCUCGCCCUCGCCCGAUCUUCCAUUCUUCCUCUUCCUCUCUAGCCCUAGCCGCGCGGCCUCGCCUGCCUCCUCUCUUCCUCUUCUCUCCAGCUCGCCCUCGCCCGAUCUUCUUCUUCCUCUCCUCUCCAGCUGCGACCCCCUCCUCUCUUUCUCUCCAGCCCCAGCCCGAUCCUCCUCUUCCUCUCUGCCGCGCCUGCCUCCUCUCUUCCUCUCCUCUCCAGCUCGCUGCUUGCUCAAUCUUCCUCUCCAGUCUCCAGCCGCACCCUUUCUUCUAUUCUCCUCUACUGAGUCUGCCCACGCCACGGUCUUCUCCUCUCUUCCUCGCCUCUUCUCAUCUGCUCUUGAGCUCUUCAAGUUGAAGCUGCUAAGGGCCUAAAGCUGCCGCCGCCGCUGCCCACAUCUUCUCCUAUAUUCAUAAUUUCAUAUUGUAAGUUCUUUAGUUGUAUUUUAUUUGUUUAUUUCUUGCAUUUUUGCUUAAUUUAUUUUGCUGGCUGCUGGUUGCUGAAAUUUGUUUUUAAGUCUUUAUAAUUUAUUUCUAUAAUUAGGAGAAUUUUGAUGAAAUUGGAACUGUGUUGCAACAGCCCAAUAAAUGUCGUCAACCACUUCCAAAACGGACCCGGCAUGGAAUUAUUUUGAAGCUGAUCCUAAUGAUAGAAAUACCACCACAUGUAAAUUUUGUCGUAAAGUAACAAAAGGUGGUAUAUUUCGGGCGAAACAACAUCUUGUGGGUGGUUUUAGGAAUACUAAAGCUUGUCCAAAAUGUCCUCCAUCAGUAAAAGAAGAGAUUGGAGAGUACAUGCAAAAGAAGAAAAAUAACAGGGAUGAGCGAAAUAUAGCAUCGUUAGAUGAUGAUAUUCAAUUUGGUGAAGGGUAUGAUGAUGAUGAUGAUGAGCCGCUGCCUCAAAGUAGAAAAAGACCCAAUGUAUCUACCGGAAGUGGAAGCGGUACUGGUAGUAUUGGUAGUGUUAAAAGGGCCAACACAAAAAGGUCCACUUGAUGUUUUUCUUAAAGACCCAGAAGUUAAUGUGUUGAAAAGCAAGGGCAAAGGAAAGCAAACAAGGUUGGGUGAGCAUGAUUUUGCAAAAAAAGAGUUAAGAGCUCGAGUUUGUAGAAGCUUUGCACGAUGGAUGUAUGAUGCAGGCAUUCCAUUCAAUGCAGUGACAUAUGACAGUUUUAAAGUAUUUAUAGAAGCAAUUGGUCAGUAUGGUCCGGGUGUGAAGCCGCCUAGUUACCAUGAAGUCAUGGUUCCUCUUCUCAAACAAGAGGUGGAAGCCACUCGUGAAAUGAUGAAAGAUCAUGAAGAGGCGUGGGCCAAAUAUGGAUGUUCCAUUUUGUCAGAUGGCUGGAAAGACGAGGGAAAGGACAUUGAUUAACUUUUUAGUCAAUUCUCCUAAAGGAAGUAUGUUCUUGGAGUCUGUUGAUGGUUCUAGCUAUUCAAAGACUGGGGAAAAGAUGUUUCAAUUAUUAAGUAAAUGUGUGGAAAAGAUUGGAGUAAGAAAUGUGGUGCAAGUGGUCACCGAUAGUGCUUCAAACAAUGUUUUAGCAGGAAGAUUUUUGGAGGCAAAAUAUCCUACGUUGUUUUGGACACCAUGUGCAGCGCACUGUUUGGAUUUAAUGUUGGAAGAUAUUUUCAAGUUGCCUAAUAUGAAGAAGACAUUUGAGAGAGCUGUUAUGGUGAAUAGCUAUAUCUAUACUCGUUCGGGUCUAGUAAACAUGCUUAGAAGGUUUACUGACAAGAAAGAGUUGUUGAGGCCUGCAAAAACACGGUUUGCAACUGCCUUUAUCACUUUGGGCAGGAUGCAUAGUUUGAAAAGCAACCUUAGAAGGAUGUUUACCUCCGAGGAGUGGAUGACAAGCAAGUGGGUAAAAGAAGCGGGGGCUAAAAAGGUUGUAGAAGUGAUUUUGAUGCCUUCAUUUUGGAACAAUGUUGUAUUUGCUUUAAAGGUGGCUGGUCCAUUGGUGCGUGUAUUGCGCUUAGUGGAUGGUGAGAAGAAGCCUGCUAUGGGAUACAUAUAUGGGGCCAUGGAUAGGGCCAAAGAAGCGAUUGCUAACUCUUUUAAUGGGGAUGAAAAGAAGUAUGCACCCAUUUUUCAGAUUAUUGAUAAUCGAUGGGAUGUUCAGCUUCAUCGCCCCUUGCACGCAGCUGGUUGGUACUUGAACCCAGAAUAUUUCUACAAGGCUGAACAUAUAGAUACAGAGAUCAUGAAUGGCUUAUAUGAAUGCAUUAGAAAGUUAAAUCCAGAUAUAAAGGUUCAAGACCAAAUUGAUGCUGAGCUUUCGAUGUAUAACAAUGCAGAUGGGUUCUUUGGAAACUAUAUGGCUAUUAGAAAGAGAGCUGAGAAAUCACCAGCUGAAUGGUGGGCUUCAUAUGGAAUGUCAACACCCACGUUGCAAAAAUUUGCAAUUAAAAUUCUUAGCUUGACUUGUAGUUCAUCUGGGUGUGAACGUAAUUGGAGUGUGUUUGAAAAUCUUCAUACUAAACGGAGAAACAGGCUUGAUCAACUUCGUUUAAACGACUUGGUGUUUGUGAAAUACAAUAGAGCAUUGAGGCGUCGAUAUCAAAUGCGUGAUACCAUUGACCCUAUCAUAUUGACCGACAUUGAUGAAAGCAAUGAAUGGUUGACUGGAAAACUUGAUGAGGAGAAUGAUAAAGAUGAUGAAACUGUUUUUCCAGAUGACAUUGGGGAUGGGUUGACAUGGAGUAAUGUUGCUGCGGCUGCAGGAGUUGGAGAGCCUAGUUAUCAAUUUAGAACUAAACAAACUCGAUCACAAUUGGGAUCAACUUCGGCUUCGACUUCAAAGCGGCGAGUAACUCAAGAGAUUGAAGAGGAGGAAAGUGAGGCAGGGAUCGAAGAUGAUGAAGGCUUGGAAGAGGGAGAAGAAUUGAGAGAUGAAGAAGAAGAUGAAGGGGUGAUUGAAGGGGAUGAUGAAGAUAUUGACCUUGAUGUUGAUGAUCUCCUUGAUGAUGAUUGAUUAAAAAACUUUUUUAUAUUGAUUGUGGACUUGUAAUGUUUAUGUGUUUGUUUAAAACUUUGCAUUAUAAUUGGUACUUACUACUUGGUAAAGUUUAAGACUUUAAGUUUGAACUUUGAUGAUGUUUCUAGUUUAGAA